AUGCAGACUGUUCACAGUCUGGAGAUCAUCAAAGUCUCCAAAAGUUUGGCCGACCUCAACGAUUCUUCUACCUGUAGCAGACACGAGAAGAGCCUUGGACUCCUGACGACGAGGUUUGUCACUUUGCUGCAAGAGGCGAAGGACGGGGUCUUGGAUUUGAAAGUUGCUGCAGACAUGCUGGCAGUCAGACAGAAGCGAAGGAUCUACGACAUUACCAAUGUUCUUGAAGGCAUCGGUCUUAUUGAGAAGAAGUCCAAGAACAGUAUACAGUGGAAGGGCUCAGGGCCAGGAAAUGGCUCCAGAGAUGUCUCAGACAGACUGACCACCUUAAAAGAUGACCUGGCCACUCUGCGGCAGCAGGAGUUGGAGCUGGACAAACACAAGCAGUGGGUGCAGCAGAGCAUCAGGAAUGUCACGGAUGAGGAUACAAACGUCAGGUUAGCCUUUGUGACACAUGAAGAUAUUUGCCAUUGUUUCAAGGGAGACACUUUGUUAGCCGUCCAGGCACCAUCAGGGACACAGUUGGAGGUACCCAUACCUGAAAUGGUGAGUCCCACAGCACCUGGCAGUAAAAUCAACUACCAGCUUCACUUGAAAAGCCAGAGUGGCCCCAUCAACGUCCUUCUAGUAAACAAAGACACAGACCACUCAGAUCCCAUUAUUGUGCAGGUCCCCCCUCCAGCAGCUGCAGCAGCUGUUGCUAAAGCAGAUGUGAACAGCAACAGUCAGAAUGAAUCUCAGAAUCGGAACCCCAACCCAGAGAAACAUGCAGACAAAGGUGGUACAACAACUAGAAGAAAGCGACCCACCAAAGCUCCCCUCAAGCAUUCUCAGACGGCAGCCAUCAUAGAACCACCCACUCGCAUGGCAACAAGGUCCUCGCCGAGGAAAAGCACACUAGAUACUUUCUCAGGUCAACCGGCUACAUCUUCCCACUCAGCAGAGAUCACGUCGUCUUCAGCAGACUUUGGCCUUGGCAUGUUUAACCAUGAUUUGCUGUUUGAUAAAGAUAUUGGUGAGUUAUU